GAGUUCCAGUUGGGGGUUUUGAACGAGCGGGAGGAGGAGGAGGAGGAGCAGGAGAAGGAGAAGGAGAAGAGAGAGAGAGAGAGAGAGAGGGAAGAGGUUUGGUUUGUUUGUCUUCAUCCUUUCUACUCUCUCCGUCUAAAACCCUAGCUUUUCGAGUUGAGUUCCCCCUCGUUUCGUGUAUGGUAAAUAGCUAUUGAUUGACUGCAUUGCAAAUCAACGAUGCAUGAUAGAAUAACAUCUGGGCAUGAUGGGUUUUGUUGCAAUUCGUAAUAUUUUCCACUCAAUCCAAUCAAGAAAACUACAAACCCUAACUCCUUGUUACAUCGUACUGUAUAGAUACUGUCACUUCCAACCAAACCCGAAUUUAGGUCCGUCCGACCCAUCACUGUCUUCGUUGAAAAAAGUCCCCCAAAACAAUGUGGGGAUUUUCUGGGAUUUGGAUAACAAGCCACCAAAGUCAUUUCCUCCCUAUGAAGCCGCGGUUCGCCUAAAGAAGGCGGCUUCAGAGUUCGGAGUUGUUCGGUAUAUGGUAGCUUAUGCCAAUAGCCACGCAUUUAGUUAUGUUCCUCCAGAUGUUAGGGAACAAAGGAAAGAGAGGAAGGCAUUGGAUCAGUUGGAGAAUAAGGGUGUCGUUAAGCCAGAUGAACUGUAUAUAUGUCGAGUUUGUGGGAGAAGAUUUUAUACCAAUGAGAAGCUUGUUAAUCAUUUCAAGCAAAUCCAUGAACGCGAACAAACGAAGAGGGUGAAUCAGAUAGAGUCGGCAAGAGGGAAAAUGAGGGUGAAGUUGGUAGCUAAGUUUUCAAUGAAGAUGGAGAAGUAUAAGAAAGCUGUGAGGGACGUUUUGACUCCUAAGGUUGGGUACGGAUUGGCAGACGAGUUGAAACGGGCUGGUUUUUGGGUUAGGACCGUGUCGGAUAAGCCGCAAGCGGCAGACAUUGCGUUGAGGAAUCAUAUGGUUGAUAUGAUGGACCGGAGACGAGUUGAGUGUUUGGUCCUUGUGUCUGAUGAUUCUGAUUUCACGGAGGUUUUGAAGGAGGCAAGGUUAAGGUGUUUGAAGACGGUGGUUGUGGGUGACAGUAACGAUGGGGCCCUUAAGAGGACUGCGGAUACUGGAUUUUCAUGGCAAGAAAUCAUGAUGGGAAAGGCAAAGAAGGAGGCUGUAUCAGUCGUGGGGCGGUGGAAGGAUCGUGAUGUUUUGAAGAGAUUGGAGUGGACUUAUGACCCAGAAAGGGAUAGGAAACUGUAUGGUUUGGAUGAUGAGUUUGAUUUAGAGAGCUGGGAUUCAGAACUCGAAGGCUUUUCUUCUGGGGAAUAUGAUAACCGUCUGCAGAAGGAGGAUAAGAAUGCAUGGUGGGAGCUGGGAUCAGAUUCUGAUCUCAAAUCACAAUAAUCAUUACUUCCUUCGGCCAAUGUAGCUGUUGAUAUUACUUGGAAGAAGCAAAGGCAUGAAUAUUAUCCCUCAGAAAGAGUCAAAAUGAGUGCUUCUGCUUUUGGGUUUUAGUCUCAUUGCAUCUGUCAUUCCCCUCCAAUUUUUUAACCUAAGGAACUAGAGGUCUUCGUUCCAAGGUUUGAGGAACCAACCAAUGCUUGAGGCUUGAAUUUCCUUAACACGUCAACCUGUCUAUGCUGACAGCUCCAGUGUUUGUUUCUCAUCUUGAAGACUGGGCCAAGGCAGAGAAGAAAAUCCCGGACUUUUGAGAACUCAGAGCUAAUUGAUAGAGCCCUUCUCUGUAGUCCUCUGAUGUCAAAGCGGAUUUUUCACAAACGAAUGUACGAAGGGGACAAUGAAAGAGUUUUGACAAUCUGAUAACCAUAUGCAAAAACAGGUGCGUAACUCCUGCCUCCUCUUCCUUAGACUAGGUUAGAGUGGGCUUUAACCAACUAGGGCCAGCCUAGUAACAGUUGGUUACUUUAGUACAUUUUUUUUACUGAGAGUUCAAGGAGUAAAAUUUGGCCGAUGGCACGAAUUUAUUGUUAGCUCUCUUAUAUAUGAGUCUUUCAUCGUUGCUUUAUUUUUUCCCCUCACGAGGCUACUUCUUGGGUUGUUCUGGAUUAGGUUGAUUUAGUUAUUACUGACCUCUCAAUUCAUAAUUGAAUAGUGCCUAUUAUUG